AUGAGUGUAUUCGUCUCAGUCGGACUGCCCUGCCUCAUCCAGACCAUCUUCAUCACACCUGUGGAUUUCAUACAAGCAGGCCAACUGGUCUCUUUCCUGUCUCCCAUCAUCUCCCCCAACCCAGACCCUCCACCCCCUGCUCCGUGGUCCCCUUUCCGUCGUCCCACCACGUCUGCGGAGUGGGUGCCGGCUCCCUCCCCCAGGGGUGGGAGUGAGGAGCUAGGGGAUGGACUGGACAAACCCCUGGAGAACGAUGCAGAGGGCGUGUGGAGCCCGGACAUCGAGCAGAGCUUCCAGGAGGCCCUGGCCAUCUACCCUCCCUGUGGCCGCAGGAAGAUCAUCCUCUCUGAUGAGGGCAAGAUGUACGGACGAAACGAGUUGAUUGCACGGUACAUCAAACUUCGCACGGGGAAGACGCGGACCAGGAAGCAGGUAUCUAGUCACAUUCAGGUUCUAGCCCGGCGGAAGGCCAGGGAGAUCCAGGUGAAGCUGAAGGACCAGGUUGCCAAAGACAAGGCUCUGCAGAGUAUGGCCACAAUGUCCUCAGCCCAGAUCAUCUCGCCUACGGCUUUCCAGAACAAGAUGGCUCUUCAGGGCCUGUCGAGGCCGGCUUAUCCCACUGCUGGUGGGUUUUGGCACGGGGCACUCCCAGGACAGCCAGGAGGCCACGAAGACAUUAAGCCCUUCUCCCAGCAGAGUUACGCCAUGCAAGCGUCCGGCCCGACCCCUAUAACAGGUUAUGAAAGCACAGCAGGGCUGUCAAUGUCUCCCGGAGCCCCCCCUUGGCAGGGUAGAAGUAUUGCCAGCUCCAAGCUGCGAAUGCUCGAGUUCUCCGCCUUCUUGGAGCAACCUCAGGACCCAGAGAAUUUCAACAAGCACCUGUUUGUGCACAUCGGCCAGUCCAACCCGAGCUACAGCGACGCCUAUCUGGAAUCUGUGGACGUCAGACAGAUCUAUGACAAGUUCCCAGAGAAGAAAGGAGGCCUGAAGGAGCUGUUUGACAAAGGGCCACACAACGCUUUCUUUCUCGUCAAGUUCUGGGCGGACCUCAGCAUUAACCUGCAGGAUGACAGCAGCUUCUUCUACGGUGUCUCCAGUCAGUACGAGAGCUCUGAGAACAUGAUUAUCACCUCAUCCACCAAAGUCUGCUCCUUUGGCAAGCAGGUGGUGGAGAAAGUGGAGACGGAGUAUGCACGUUUUGAGAAUGGACGCUACGUGUUUCGGAUCCACCGUUCCCCGUUAUGUGAAUAUAUGAUCAACUUUAUCCACAAGCUUAAGCACCUGCCGGAGAAGUACAUGAUGAACAGCGUUCUGGAGAACUUCACUAUCCUACAGGUGGUGACUAACAGGGACACACUGGAAACCCUCCUGUGCAUAGCUUACGUCUUUGAGGUGUCCACCAGUGAGCAUGGAGCACAGCAUCAUAUUUACAGGCUAGUCAAAGACUGACACAGUCACACAGUUGGAACUUACCUGUUCUAGACCCAUUGUAGCACUUCAGUGAGCAACAACAAGAAACAAUGGACUACUUCCUCCGUAAGCUUAAAGCUGAAACCAUACAACUCUGUCAGAAGCCCAGAGAGACUCUGGCUCUGUCAGCAUGCCCAGGAACACUAUUUCUGCUGAGGAAGAGAUGGAUUUGGGAUUGUGGAAGCUGGAAAAUCCUUUGUGUGAAAAGUGGCAUGGAGAAAAAGAGAAGAGGACCAUGACACGCUGUGGUCUCUAUACCAAAGGAGCCAAAUCUAGCCAACAAGACCUGCAUGAGAAAGUUGUCAUUGGUGGUGUUUUUCAUCUCAUUUUAGUAGUGCUUGUUUUUGAUUUAGAUUCUUUUACACACACAUGCAUGUGCAGGGGAUGUUUGCUACAGAGGAGUUUAGCUGCCUCAGGGUGCCACCUAGUGACUUAAAUAUAAACUACAAUGGGGAAAAAUAGUAAAAGUAGAGCGAGAAUCCCUCCUUUGCACAUCCAUAAAAUAUCACUGUUUUUUGGUGCCAAUCGUUUGUGUUAUUUGAGUAAUUAUGUACAGUGCCACAUCCAUCUCCUCUAAACAAAGUUAUGAAGAUAAGAGGCUAAAAUGAUUUAAAAGAGCUAUUGUAUUCACUUUGUUUGAUGUUUAAUGUUAAAUGUUUCUUGUAUUGUCUUACUGUUUUUGAUUUAAAAUGAUCUGACUACAACAAAAGGCACAUAAUAACACUGCUAACUUGAACCAGAUUUGGAUUUGUAAGCUGAUUACAGAGGUUGACUGUAGCUGUAACUUGCCCUGAGGUGUCAGAUGAAAAUACAAGUGUUUCUUACGUAACUCCUCAUAAUUGUUUUUUAAUCCUGUCCAAAUUACUGCAAUACGUGACAUACUCAUAAUGGUAUACACAUCAUAUGUAGUCGGGGGGUUUUUUGUUGCAGAUUUUGUUCAGUGUCGUCUUUACAGAGGGGACAAAAGUAAAUAACUUGCCA